UUCUGCCCGUCAGAUGUUCGCUUCGAAGUGGAAAUGGCUUUGACUAGAAGUGAACUCCGUGUUCUAGCCUUACUCGGCUUGGUUAUUUUGAUUUUAUGGUCGUUUUUCGGCUUAUUUUGGAGCCUUCUUCUCGUUUUUUCGUUUCUGAUAUACGCAUAUAAUUUCGGAAGACAUGGGAAUGGGAAAAUUCAACGAGCUCACGAAGAAGUUGACAGCGAACCAGAUUUGACGUUUCACGAGAAAUCGAGGAAUGAUUACCCGGCGCUUCAAGACUUGGAGUUUACUGGUUUACCCACAGAAAGAUAUUCUUUGCGAUCACCCGCGCCUUUAAUGUCGGUGACCAAAAAGCUUAGUUUUAACACAAGUUCCACGACACCUUUUCAAACAAGAAAAGCCUGGAAUAGCAGAGAAAUGACUGGAACUCAAUAUCCAGCAAGGGGAAGUGCCUUUGCUUAUCACCGCAAGCCGCACAAUUUUAGUCUUUUGAAUCCAGCCCUACAGAGGCCAUCUACUGUUAAAAUAGCUUCACCAGAUGUUACAGUUAAUCGGACAUUUACAUUAUCCAACAGUCCGUUAAAGAGAGCAGGAGUUGAUGUGAAUCCAUGUAGCAGAGUCACUGUCCUCUCUGCACUUAAAGAAAGUAGGAAAAGAAGUGUUGCUGUUUUUGAUGAAGAUGAGGAAGAGGUGUCAAGACCAUCUAAGAGGAGAGAUACCAAGCCAGUAGAA